AUGAUAAGGUUAGGUUAGUUCUAAAACGCCGAAUAUGAUCUUUGCGCGCGCUACUGGAUUGCUUUCCAAGUACCUGUAUCGUGGGACUCAACGUUGUUUAAAUAACGUAAAAUGUUCACUUAUCAGUUUUAAAAUUACUCUGAAAAAUCUUUCAUUUUACGUAAAUUAUGCGAUUUGCACACCGGCAGAAACACGAAAGGAAGUUAAAAAUGAGAAGCACAUUGUCUGGCUUGAUAUGGAGAUGACAGGACUAGAAGUAGAAACAUGUCAUAUUUUGGAAGUUGCAUGCUUCAUAACAAAUGAACAGUUAGAGCUUGCAAGUGAUCACUUAAACAUAGUUAUAAAUCAACCGGAUAAAGUUUUAGAUAAUAUGUCUGAUUGGUGCAAAAUACAACACAAAGAGAAUGGCUUAAUUGAUGAAUGUCGAUUGAGUAAGACUACAUUGGAGGAAGCACAACAAAGGACAUUGAAUUUUUUAGAGAAUCAUAUCCCAAAAGGAGCUUGCCCAUUGGCUGGAAACUCAGUUUACAUGGAUCGCAUAUUCCUGAAAAAGUACAUGCCGUUGAUUGACAAUUACUUGCACUAUAGAAUUAUCGACAUCAGUACAAUUAAAGAUUUGGCUAGGAGAUGGCAUCCAAAUAUAAGUAAAGGAGUUCCAAAAAAACAGCACUCUCACAGGGCUGAACACGACAUAAAAGAUAGUUUAAAUGAGCUUCGUUAUUAUAGGAAAAAUCUAUUUGUAUCAUAA